AUGCCUGAAUUACAAAAUGCGUUAGAAAAGAAAGGAUGGUUCCUUACUCCUGAAGCUAUUAAGGAUUGCAGUAAUGAUAACAGAAAUGUUUCUGCUGAUUCAGUCAUCAAAACUGCAUUGGAUCUGGAUAUUCGAGGUAUGUGUAAGAAAAUUUUACCAGAUGGUGUUGGCAGGAGUACUUCCAAUAAGGUUCCGUACCCUCUGGUAUUACAAGUUAUUAAAAUUACAAACAUAGCUGCUCCAAGUUCCAAUCAAGAAUCUCAAACAGCUCCACCGUUAUUACGCAUUCACUUGUCUGAUGGACACUCAACAUGCACAGCAUUAGAUAUUUCCAGUAUCCAGGGCCUUUCUUUAAAGACCUUUCCUGGUACCAAAAUAUGUUUAAAAGCUGAAGUUCAAGCCAGAAACGGAAUGCUAUUAUUAACCAAUGAAAAUGCCAAGUUAUUAGGUGGAAACGUCGAAAAGUUAAUACGGAAAGGCAAAGCGGGCCAGGCUUUAAUUAAAACGUCUAGUGAUGGCGGCUCUUCUGGACCUCCAGCAUUUAUUCCUUUUCAAGAAUAUAUCAAGAAUAAUCCUAAUAUGGCUAAACAAGAGACUACUAAAGUUAACAGUAGUAAUUCCUCUAAAAAUUUUAAACAACAGCAAGGAAAUAAUCAUAAUCGAACCGAAAAAUCUUAUAAUAAGGAUGCUCGUAGCGGCUACAGUAAAAGUUAG